AUAUUCAUUUCGUUCAUGUAUUUAAAUCAUCUCAAUGGGUAUUCUGUGUUACAUGUAUUGAGAUAUGCCUUAUCUGGGCCUCAUCUGUUGUUUAUUUAUAACCCAGCCUCGUUUUCAGUUUCACCAUCUUUGCGUUCGUAGCCAUUGUGGAAAUUUGUUAUAUUUUUAAUCAACCACCAUCCUUACAUUUACUAAGGGAAUUAUUGCUAAAUCAUGAUUUUUCAGUUAGUGUGACAUCAGUUCUGUCUUCCUGUGAAACGAUUUUAUGUUUUCACGCGUUGUUUUGUGACUUAUUGAACUUUAACUUUUGACCUAAAAGUUAUGUCUACGGUUCGUCGAACAAGGAAACAAACAAACUUUACCAUGUCAAAUAGUGACAAUCCCAGUAACUGGACGGUCGCCGAACUGAAGAAAAAGCUGUCAGAUAAUGGAAUAAACAUUAAUGUGAACCUAAGUCACAGCAUUCUGAAAAGGAUUUAUGUAGACAAUGUUUUAUCCGUUCAGGGUCAGCAAGCAGCUGCAGAUGGUGAUCGCAAUCAAGCUAACAUUACCAAUGAUAUGCAAACUGUGGAUAACCAUGAUAUUUCUACCAUGCGUAACUCUGUGCUAUAUUCAGGGGCACCCACUCCUUCUGCUAAUUUAGCCGAGGGUGCACGCGCUUCAAACAUCGAAGUCUAUCCGGAACCAGGAAUUCCAGGCGGUAGAAGUUCGUCUUUUACUUCACUUCCGCCCAGCUCAACGCUUCCUACAAUGGCUACAUCAACAGUUACCACAUCUGCGAUGUCAGAAUCCGUUAUUCUUAGUACUUUGCAAUUGUGUCAGCAGGCCAUAACAUCAUUAACUCAGUCAAACAAGACCAAUGAAGCUAAAUACAGUCUUCAAACAGCCAUGUCAACGAACGCUGGGACUCCUGCCGUGAAUAUAUCUGAUGUAGACAUGGUUUCGCCAGAACUACGUGCUGAUAUUCUGGCAGAUGGAUCGUUUCAAGAAGCUGGCACCAGAAGCAGAUCUUCUGUGUACGCCGUGUCCUCCUUUAAUGGAAGUGAUUUGGACAGUGUUGUAGAAAAUCUCUGGGACCAUUCCAUUUCCAUUAGAACGCGCAAUCAAUAUAAAGUUGGACUGGACUGUUACAUCAAAUUCACCUUGCUGAGAGGACUGCAUGGUUCCGUUAGUGACUUACCACCAAUGUCGGAACAAUUGUUAAUAUAUUUUGUUGCUUUUUGUGACGAUCAUUUAAGAUUAGCUUAUUCAACGAUCAAAUUGUACUUAAGUGGUAUCAGAUACUUUUAUUUAAGAUUGAAAGGAUGUAAUCCUUUUCAAAAUAAUGCUGGUCAAAAUUUAAUUUGUUUGCAAUCAGUUUUAACUGGUGUAAAGAAAAAACAAAGCAUGUAUGCUGUUCCUAAACGCAGUAGGCUUCCUAUCACCAUGUCCAUUUUAACAAAAAUGUGUCAAUUACUCAGGUCAGGAAUUUUUGAUAUGUUUACAUCAUAUAUGUUUGAAGCAGCUUGUACAGUCGCAUUUUUUGGGUUUCUACGAUGUGGGGAAUUCACUGUCCUCAGUGAUUCUCAUUAUGAUGAUUAUGUUUCAAUCCAAGAUGUAAUUUGUCACGACUCAUUUGUCGCACUUACAUUAAGAAAAUCAAAGACAGAUCCAUUCAGAAAUGGAGUUCAGAUUAAAUUAUUUAAGACACAAACAGAUGUCUGUCCAGUGAAUGCUGUUGUUAAAUACCUGAAACUAAGAUCAGAAGUUUUCAAGUCACAACCUUUGCCUUUCUUUGUUACCAAGGAAGGUUCCAUUCUAACUAGAGCAAUUUUCAUUGACACACUUAAAGUCAUUUUAUCUCAAUUAGGCCUAAACUCUGAUCUCUAUAAUGGUCAUUCCUUCAGAAUCGGAGCAGCUACAACCGCACAAGAGGCACGCAUUGAAGAUCACUUAAUUAAAACAUUAGGUAGAUGGUCUUCCAAUUGCUACACUACUUACAUUCACACAUCUCCUUCAGUUAUUCAAAAUGCACAACAACAAAUAGCCUCUUCUGUUUUGUAGAAAUCAGUAA